UUUAUGAAUGGGAAGUUUCAACAUCAAAAAGAUUACAUGAAGCUGUACUUAAAGCAUGUGGUUAUACAGGUCUUGGAUUAACACCUGAUUCAAAAACAGUCUAUGCUGUUGGUACUGAUAGAAAAAUUAAAGAAAUUUUUGAAGCACAACAAAUUGUUCGUGAAGUUUCAAUCACACCAGAUGAUGUUCAACCCACUGCAAUUGCUCUUAGUCAUACGGGUAAAUCUUUAUUAGUUGGCACAUCCAAAGGAACUGUUCGAUCAUAUUCAUUUCCAAUAUCAAAACCUGAUGACUAUACGGAAUAUAUUGGUCAUGUUGGCAUGGUCAAUCGAUUACGUGUAACAUACCAAGAUGAAUAUGCUGUAACAAUUGGUGAUGAUGGUAUUGUAAUUCUCUGGACAUUACAAGAAGUUGGUAUUGCAAAGAAAGAAAAAGAAACAAUUUAUGCUGAAGAAAUUCUUAUAACUAAAACUGAUCUUGAAGAAAAAAAUGCCUUAAUUCGUGAAUUAAAACAACGUGUUUCAGAAUUACGUGAAGAAAAUGAUUAUCAAUUAAAAUUAAAAGAAAUGAAUUAUGCUGAAAGAAUACGUGAUUUAACUGAUAAAUUUAUGCAAGAAAUGGAAAAUUUAAAGACUAAACAUACAGUUGUUACUGGUGAAAAAGAAAAAGAAGCUAGUAGACAUGCUGAACAAUUACAUGAUCUUACGGAAAAACAACUCAAAGAAUUACAAGAUUUAGAAAGCUCGAAUAAUCAAAAAUUAAUGUUAGAAUAUGAAAAAUAUCAAGAUCUUCAAGCUAAAACUCAAAAAACUCAAGAAGAUUAUGAAAGACAAUUAACGGAAUUAGAAAAUCGUAAAGAAGAAGAAGUUUCACAACAACGUUUGCAAUUUACAGCUCAACUCGAAAGAAUUAAAAAUGAACUUAUUCUCACACCAUUCUAG